GCUAGAGUUCAGACGCUAUGGGGUAGCAGGUCCUGGGCCCAGUUUUCCUGGGUCCUGUGCUUACUCUGUCUCCAAGAACUGUGUGACCAAGACUUCCUUGAGCCUCAGUUUCCCCAUCUGAAACUUGAUUCUUCUCUCACGUCUGUUUCAAAAUUGUAGUAAUAAAUUGGGGAAUUCAUUGGGAGCAGUGAAAAAAAUGGGUAUUUCCAGACCUCUUGAUGCCUGUAGAGUCUAGAACUCAGUCACCAGGGAUGGGUGGGGCUAGAAUCUUGGAGGCCCAGGAGUACCGCCUGCUCAGCUGUGUUUGAGCAACUGACCUGGCAACGGGGCAGGCCUGAAAAACACGUCUGUCUUUCUGGAGUCUCCUCUGCUGUCUGUAUCUUCAGGCCGCUAUGGUGCUGCUCAGGUCCCUGGUGCUUCUUCUUGCUCUGGUUGUCUCUGAUCAUCACUGCCUGCCCUGGUUCAUAAAUGUCUCUGAGAGCCAGGGACCUGGCACCAUCCUUCACUCUUUCUCCUUCAACUGCUCUUUACACACACCCACCCUGGAGUUGCUCCAUGUGAAGCCACCCACCACCUUCUUCAACCCACCCAGCCUCACCAGGUGGCAGGGGAUCUAUGUGGGCAAGAUGACCUUGAGCAGCAUGGCCCGGCUGGAUGCCCUGACAGUGAACCACUAUGAGCUGCAGCUGAAGUUCACAUGUGGCAAACAUGUGAUGGAAGGACCACUCUUUGUGGAUAUUCAGCGGGACCCUGGCCACAUCCAGUGUGCUGGUCGAUUUGCCAGCCCAGCUGGGGAAAUCAUUCAGGUGCCAGAAACAGUUACACCUGGGGCCCUGCUGUACACUCUGCUGCUCCCAGGCCUGGAAUUCCAGGGAGCCCAGAUGAGCAUCACCAGUGCCCAGGACCCUCCAUACUUUCCUGGACCUUUCUCCAUUGAUGGGCAGGGUUGGCUGCGGUCACCAUCCCAGGGCCUCAGAGGCCAGGCUUUAAAGGUCUUCCAGCUUCAGAUUCUGGUGACCUUUGGACAAGGCCAAAGCUGCCAUGGGAUGCUGACUGUGAAAGUUUUGCCUGUUGCCUCCAGCCAGGUCUCUUUCCUGAAGCAAGCCCAGAAUAUCACCAUUCCUGAGAACCUGAUCCCUGGGAGUAAGGUGGUUCAGCUCCAGGCCCAGGGCUUUGAUGUGCGAUAUGAAAUCCUCUCUCCAGUGCCCUGCGGGCUCUUUUCCAUCGGUCGCGUUGAUGGCGUGGUCCGGACUACCACGCCCCUGGAGCUGGCGCAAGCCCCAGGCGCCGGUGUCACUAGGCUGCAGGUGAAGGCCUUUGAAUGGUUCCAGACGUGGGCCAGCGCCGAGCUUGAUCUCUGGGUGUACGUGCAUUCGGUCAACCGCUGGCCCCCACGCUGCCUCCCAGCGCUGCUGGUGACUGAAAUCCCUGAGACCACACCUGUGGGCACGGUGCUAAAUACCUUCACUUGCACUGACCCGGACUCUCCUGGCUCCACCCUGGACUACCAGCUGCUGUUCCACAGCCCCCCUGGCACAGCCAGUCUCCACCUUCAAGACAGAGCCCUCAAGGUGAAUGCCACACUGGACUGUGACACUCCUGGUACCUGCUUUCAGCAUGCAGCUUCCAUCCUGGUUCUUGAUAAUGGUCAGCCUCUGAUGACCACUGAGGUGCCAGUACUGGUGACGGUAACACCUGUCAAUGAGUUCUCCCCAGCCUGUGUCCCACGCACAUUCCGGGUUCGUGAGGAUGCAGGGCCCUACACGCUGCUGGGCUCUGUCGUGGGCACGGACAUGGAUUACCCACACAACAGCAUCGAGUACUACAUCUCUGGCUGGUCCGCCACCUUUGCUGUGGACCGUCUCAGUGGGGAGGUUCGCCUCCUGGGGCCUUUGGAUUAUGAGCUGCAGAAGUUGUACAGGCUCACUGUCCUGCUGACUGACCAUAGCCAAGAUCAGGACCCCACCUGCAACCACUCAGGCUCCUGCACCAUUACCAUUGAAGUUGAGGACGUGAAUGACCACACCCCCGAGUGUGAGCCCCCAUUUCAGGAACUCACCAUCCACCCCCACCCGGGCCGUAGCAUGGAGGUGACCAAGGUGUCAUGUCGAGUCCCCCAAGAGCCACAGCGCUUGGCUUUCUCCUAUAGCAUCGUGGGAGGGAAUAGUCAGAGCAGAUUCAGCCUGCAAGGAGCCAUCCUGGUGCACAGUGACCUCAUGUUGGCGGCCCCCUGGCCAGAGCAACCUCGUACUUAUGAGCUCUUGAUCCGUGUGGCUGAUGCGGGUCCCUCCAUUCCCCACCUCAGCACCACAGCCACUGUCAUUGUGCACCUAGUUCCCUGGAGGGGCAGCACGGUGGCCACCAUCACCCACGGAACCACAGUGCCUUCAACGAUGACACCCCUGCUUGUGACAGAUACAGAGGCUUUCUGGCAGCCAGAGCCCUGGUUUGUGGUGGUGUUGACAGUGACCGGUACUCUUCUCCUCUUGGCUCUGGGCUGGCUCAUCAGCAGGCUCCUCCAGGGGUUGGCCCAGGUGCUACAGACACCAAGCAAACCAACCCAGGCUUUGAUGCUAAACAGUAUCCAGGAACCCGAGGGGUCCAUUGAGGGGUUCAUGGAGGCACCGAGGAUGGAAACACCCCAGGCACUCGGCAGUGUCAUGAGCCUGCAUUUUGAUGGCAGAGCACAGGACUCCCGUACAGGCAGAGAUUAUCUGUUCAACACGCACACGGGAGCCCGGCGCUGGCUCUGAGGCCAAGAAGCUGCUUCACAUUUGUGGAAUUUUUUCUUCACAUGAUCAUGUGUUUUCAAACUGAUUCAAUAAUAAACAAAAUUACAAACA